AUGCAGAAUUUACGUGGAAAUCAACAGAUUUUUGGUGGUGCUUUGGUAUUAUUGUCAGGUGACUUUCGACAAAUAUUGCCCGUGAUUCCACGAUCAACACCGGCAGAUGAGAUCAAUGCAUGCUUGAAGUCUUCCCCUCUGUGGCGAUAUGUGCAAAAAUUGACAUUACACAUAAACAUGCGUGUUCAGUUGCACAAUAAUCAAUCUGAAGAUCGGUUCUCGAAGCAAUUGUUAGAGAUCGGAAAUGCCAAAGUUCGAAUCGAUAAUACAAAUGGCUUAAUUACAUUGCCGAAGAAUUUUUGUACAAUUCUCCAAUUAAAAGAAAAAUUGAUUGAACGCGUGUUUCCAAAUAUUGCUCAAAAUUACCUGGAUCUCGAUUGGUUGAGAGAACGCGCAAUAUUGGCACCAAAAAAUGUGCAUGUCAAUUCAAUCAAUUAUCAAAUUCUAGAAAAAUUGCCAGGUGGAGUGACAACAUAUAAAUCUGUUGAUAGCGCAAGGAAUCAAGAUGACGCAGUGAAUUAUCCAGUUGAAUUUUUGAAUUCAUUGGAACCGCCUGAAGGGGCGCGAGCAACGCCAGGCUCCUCAGUACACCCUGGAAAGUGUGCGCUCAUUAGAACCUCACGCAUUUCCUCUUGGGAUGAUGUCCAGUCGCCAUUCGGUUUCUGA